AUGCCAGAUCGCAUCGAUAAAAGAAAGGAGUCUGUUAAGCCCAAGCCCGUACAUGGCUCAACUGAAGGUGCUGCUGGAGAGUCGGAAAAGCAGAAGAGUGUCUCGCAAAGGACUGUGGGACGACAAAGGCGAGAAGCGAUCCAGAAGAUUAUCAGUGACGACCGCGCAAAACAGACUGCCCAUCGCAACGCCCAAGGACCUGGCCGCAUCAUCACUAGCGAUGAUAAUGACAACGACGCUGCGAGCGUUCCACAGGAUACCAUAGACAGUGCAUUGCAGCGGAAUUCCAUAUCUCAGCACGCAUUCCCAAACCCGUAUGCCUUCGACGUUACGGGAAACAGAGGCAAGAUGCCCGCGGUCGAUGCUCAAGGGCCAGGGAGCCCUUUCGUCGCCACUGCUCAGCAUCGAGAGAGCGAUCCGCAGCGACAGCGUCAAGCACAGCAGCAGACGAGAGAGCUAGACGCAGCACUUGGCCUCCAUCGGCUGCAAAGUGCUUUCCCAUUCUUGCAACCAGGCUAUGUCUCUGACCGAGGGGACCGACCAGACUUCAUGCAGAAUGUCGACCUGCAGAGGCAGCCCAGUUCCAAUCAGACUCCACAUCGAGUGGAGAGGCCGUCUUCAAUUCCCGUAAUUGUCAACAGCGACUCGGCGAGUGUGACACUCGCAACAGCGCGAGCUCUAGGAUCUGGCUAUGAGCACAUCAUAAAUUCCGCAGAGCCGUUCGGGCCAACGUCGAGCACUGCACAGCUGCAGGUUUCCGACGCACCAGAGAUGAUGCUCACGCAGCCGGCGACUGAAGACGGUCGGCCCCCCGGACAGAUGGCUUAUGUUUCUCAAAACCAGAUGCUUGAGUAUCAUCCAGCCCAGCCAUCUAGCGCUGAAGACCAGAUAUCCAUGGACCUUGUUGCAAUCGCCAGCGCAGGUACGCCAGCGGAGGAGGAAAUCCUCGACUUUGUGAAUCAGCUGCUAGUAACAGAGGACGAGGAUUCCUAUCAACCUGUCGCCGACGUUGCCACCAGCAGCGAGGAGACGGGAAUAGAGGAAAUUCUCGAAUACGCCUCCCAGCUGCCGCAUACAGAGGGCGAAGACUUGUCUGACUUUGACUUUGGGUUUGACACAGGCAGUCAGCAGUCUUGA